AUGAAUGAGUGGGUGGCCCCUGACAUGGAUGCGGUGGGACCACUACAAAUCCCAUCCACUGAUGAAUUUACCAUCUCAGAAAGCUCCCAUUUGUUUGAUAUUCUAGCAGAUCAGAGCAAUCCUCUGCUACAAGACCCUGACAUGUUAUCCUUCACCAGCUACCCAGGCAUGCAGUAUUCGAACAUGGAGUCUUCUGUGCCCACGCCAUAUUACUGCAGUCAAAACUACUAUCCCCAGUACAGUGGAGAGGAAUGGUACUCCCACACUGGGCUGUAUGAACUACGAAAAACAACACUGGAAGUUAACUAUGAUGGGGAUAGGGAAGAGGUCUCCACUGUCAUGCCGGCUGUUUGCAAGCGGGCCAGGCACAUUUCACAGAAUGGACGCAUCAAAGGGGAGGAGCUUUGUGUUGUGUGUGGAGACAAGGCUUCAGGUUAUCACUACAACGCUCUUACUUGUGAGGGCUGCAAAGGUUUUUUCAGACGGAGCAUAACAAAGAAUGCCGUGUACAAGUGCAAAAGUGGAGGAAAUUGUGAGAUGGACAUGUAUAUGCGAAGGAAAUGCCAAGAAUGUCGACUCAGGAAGUGCAAAGAGAUGGGCAUGUUGGCAGAGUGUUUACUGACAGAGAUCCAAUGCAAAUCUAAAAGGCUGCGGAAAAACACCAAGGCCUCUCCAAGGCAAUCAACUGGAGAUGAGACUGAGGGGGCCGACAGCAAACAAGUCACAUCGACCACCAAACUGUCAAGGGAAAAAAUAACAAAAGAGCAGCAAGCACUUUUGAAAGCUAUUGUAGAUGCAUACAACAGACAUCAAAUCCCGCAGGAAGUGACCAAAAAACUGCUACAAGAAGAAUACAGUGCUGAGGAAAAUUUCCUCCUCCUGACAGAAAUGGCAACAAGUCAAGUCCAAGUUCUGGUGGAGUUUACAAAAAACAUCCCAGGCUUUGUGUCCCUGGAUCACGAAGAUCAGAUUGCUCUGCUUAAAGGUUCAGCAGUCGAAGCCAUGUUUCUGCGCUCGGCUCAGGUUUUUAGCCGAAAGAUGCCCAGCGGACACACUGAAGUCUUGGAAGAGAGGAUACGUAAAAGUGGCAUUUCAAAGGAGUUCAUUACACCAAUGUUUAAUUUUUACAAAAGCAUUGGUGAACUCCAUAUGUUGCAAGAGGAGCAGGCCCUCCUCACUGCCAUAACCAUAAUGACACCAGAUCGCCCUUACGUAAAGGAUCAAGAGGCUGUAGAGAACCUGCAGGAACCCAUGCUGGAAGUGCUAAGGAAGCUGUGCGUUUUGCAACAUCCCCAAGAGCCUCAAUACUUUGCACGUCUGCUGGGCCGACUAACUGAGUUGAGAACGCUCAACCACUAUCACGCAGAAAUGCUAACGUCGUGGAGGAUGAACGAUCACAAAUUCACACCAUUACUUUGCGAGAUCUGGGAUGUGCAGUGA